UCCCGGUUCUUUCUAGCCUUCCCCUUUGCCUUCUAUCAACCCACCUACCAACCACACAACACCAAUACACAACACAACUUUUCCCAAACAACCAUCAUAAAUCACAAUGGAGUCUGUCAAGAACGCCGUUAACAGUGCCUCCGAGACUGUCCAAGAGGGCCUCCGUGGUACUUCCAAGGAAGCUAACAAGGACGUUGCCAAGGACUCGAACCAGUCCAUCGGCACCCGUGCCUCUGCCGCCAAGGAUGCCGUUGGCGACAAGGCCGAGGAGCAGAAGCACUCUGGCAAGGCCGAGGCCCACAAGCAGCAGAUCUAAGCUGUUGGUGCCUGCGCAUGAGCACUUUUGAGGAACGUCGUGGGGACUCUGGGAGGAUGAGCAACGAUGAUUCAGAUGGAUCAGCAUGACCCGAUAAAUACCCCUUCAAUAGUCCUUUUGUAAUCAACAAUUUUGACAACACUCCUUUGUGGCUCCUUGACAACACUCCUUUGUGGCUCCU